CCUUUAGACACACCAUCUUCCAUGGCGACUUUAAGUAUAACAUUUAGAUACGUUGGUCAUCAUAUUCCUAAAAAAGAACGUCAAUCUAAACUUGAAGAAAUAAAAGCCAAGUUCACAAAUAUUUAUGUUAAAAAUUUGGACACCGAGGUUAAAUUAGAAGAGUUCCGUAAUCUCUUCACAGCCUUCGGUAGAAUCACAUCUGCUGUUAUUGCCACUGAUGAAGCUGGCAAUUCUAAGGGAUUUGGCUUCGUUAAUUAUGAAAAUCAUGAAGAAGCAGCACGUGCAGUGGGUGAGCUUCACGAUACAGAGUUGAAAGGAAAAAAAUUAUUUGUUGCCCGUGCUCAGAAAAAACAUGAACGUGAAGAAGAAUUACGAAGGCAAUAUGAGCAGGCUAAAAUGGAAAAACUGAACAAAUAUCAAGGAGUCAAUUUGUACAUAAAAAACCUUGAGGAUGACAUUGACGAUGAGAAAUUGCGUCAAGAGUUCUCUGUCUACGGUGUUAUUACAAGCGCAAAGGUGAUGAGAGAUGAGAAAUCGCAAUCUAAGGGGUUUGGUUUCGUUUGCUUCUCGUCUCCUGAUGAAGCUACCAAAGCAGUAACCGAAAUGAAUGGUCGCAUGAUUGGCAAUAAACCCAUUUAUGUUGCUUUGGCUCAAAGAAAAGAUGUACGAAAAUCACAGUUAGAAGCUCAAAUUAAUCAGAGGAACCUAAUCCGUCAGCAACAAGCGUCAGUUGGAAUGGGUGCCGGUGCCUUUGGAAUGCCCGGUGUGUAUGCUCAUCCAGGUUCAUAUGGAAUGAGGUCUGGCCGCCCAGCUCCUUUUUACGGUCAAGUUAACAUGAUUAAUGCCGUCCCUGGUACGACUCCAAACCUUCGUGCCAAUAAUUUCGGAGGAAUUGUCAAUCGUCCUAAUGGAAGACCACAAAAUAAUCCUCCUCAGAACACUGGCCGCGGAAACCCUAAUGCUAAUCGCAGCAUUAGGAACCAAUAUCAGCAAGCACCUAAACAGCAUAAUCAAUUCAGUCAAAACAGUCGUGUUAGUAAUGGGCAAGGACCAUCUAACACUCGUAAUACCGUUCCCGCCGUGCAAAGUACUUCAGCCUCUAUGGGCUCAGUCUUUGAUAAUCGUAAAAUUAUUGGUGUUUCUCACGAAGCGCAAAAACAAGUGCUUGGUGAACAAUUGUUUCCUAAGAUUUCGGCACGCCAACCUGCAUUGGCUGGUAAAAUUACUGGAAUGUUGCUGGAAAUGGAUAAUGUUGAGUUGGUACAUUUACUCGAAAGUCCUGGCGCUCUAGAUGCUAAGGUCGAAGAAGCAGUUACCGUGCUGAGACAACACCAAAUGGCUACUGGCCAAGACUUUCCCCAAUCUGAUUAA